UGGUUCGAUUUUUCCACAACCAACUCAUCAGCUUAUCACAUUAUUCAACAUGCUUGCCAAAAUCAUUUUGAUAGCCGUUCUGGCAGUCGUGAGUGUAAGUGCCAAACCAGGAUACGCCCCGCUGGCCUAUUCGGCUCCACUGGCCUAUUCGGCUCCACUGGCCUAUUCGGCUCCACUGGUUGCCGCGGCCCCUGCCGUUGUGACAUCCCAGAGUUCCCAAUUUAUCGCUCGGAACUAUAAUGGAAUUGCCCCGGUAGCUUACGCCGCUGCUUAUACCGCACCGUUAGCCUAUGCUGCCCCAGCCUUCAGUGCAUACACCGCACCGGUGCUGCUUUGAGGAUUUGCACUGGAUAAUGAACGGAUUGGAGCUGUGAUAUUCGAUGAUGAUAAUCACGAUAAUAUAUGCCAGUCGGAAAAAAAACAACGAGGAUUUCUGUUAUGAAAUAUAUUUUUUUUUAGCAAAGUA